AUGUUUUCAAGGCUGCGAUUCAAGUUAUCUCGAGUCCUAAGUCCGAAUAAAGAAGAUACGUUGUAUGAAAAGAUCAACGAUGCCGAGAAGAAAAUCCAAUCCAAUCGCAAUACCGAAGCGAAGAAAAAUAUACACCCGUCUCCAGGAAAACGUGAUACAUCCGUCGACAGUCUAGAGAGAAGUCGUUGUCUCCUCAAUCUACUCAAGAAAAAUCCGAGAAGUGAUAAUCUUCCAGCCUACUUCCCUACUCAAACAUCACGCCCAAAUUCGGGACUUCCUGAUCAACAAAAACCAUCCAUUAAGGGAAAAGAAGUUAAGAACGAAAGGCCUCCUCCUUAUGAUUUACCUGAAAAUAUGGGUUCGACAUCUCGUCGUCAAUAUAUCAGGGGGUUAAUCGAGAAGAGAAAAGCCGAAAUCCGAACGUUGGAACAACAAUUAGAGGAAGAAACUGGAAGCGCGAUACCUUUAUCCACAGAUACAACUUUGCGGAUUGGAGAAUCUUCAUCUUUGCAUGUAACUUUGCAGAGAGAAGAGACACGAGAAGAAAAGAAGGAAGAGAUUCGGAGUACAGAUUUAUCUCCUCAUCAGACAACAGGAAUAACGCAAGAUAUAGAAUAUUAUAUUCAACUCUGCAAUAGAACACGGGAUAUUAUGAUUAGAGAUAUGAAGCUGUUGCAAGAAUUUAAAAAUAAGACGGGUUUGGAAAAGGAAAGGGAACGCGAAAGACUGACUCUUCAACAUGAUUUGAGUGUAGAGGAUGCCUUGAUUUAUUGA